AUGCGGAAGGACGGUCGAGAGGUCAAAUGGGGAGACUUUUUACGCCAGGACUCCAGGGACUGUGGUACUCUCACUAACCCCACCAAUGGAGCAGUUUCUACUACUGGUACUCUGCAGACCUCAGUUGCUACAUACACAUGCAGUGCAGGGUUCAGGUUGACUGGAGUGAGCACCAGAACGUGUGUCCUUGGAUCAGGAUGGUCAGACGUAGCUCCGACAUGUGUUUCAGGCAAGGUAGGAGAUUCUUGUGCCACAGUUACCAACCUAUGUGAGAACCUGAUCAACGCACCUUGUACCGGAGGCACCUGCACCUGUCUCACUGGAUACACACAGAGCACUGACUCUGAAUGCGUGGACCCAAACGACUGUCAAUCUGCGCCGUGUCAGAAUGGAGGCGCGUGCACUGACGGACUUGCCACCUUCACGUGCAGCUGUGCGGCCGGUUACACGGGAGCUACCUGCGCUACAAACAUCUACGAGUGUUCUUCCAAUCCGUGUAAGAAUAUGGCCUCUUGUAACGAUGGUGUCAACGGAUACACGUGUUCGUGUGUUGCUGGGUAUACUGGUAUCCACUGUGAGACAAUAAGGAUGGCCUACGACCAGGAGUGUUCGGUGACGGCCGAGUGCGGCACUACGGGGGCCACGUGUCGCAACGACGGACUUGGAUCAUUUAGAUGCCUGUGUACACAGAGUGGGGAAAUAUACGUUCCCUCCAGCGAGACAUGUUUAAAAGAGUGCCCAGUGUUAACAGCUCCUGAAUAUGGAGCAGUGGACAAAAAUUCAACCACUACACCUAUUGGUGGAGUUGCAACCUACACAUGCAAUCCCAAUCUUGUCAUCAACGGUGUAGAUAAGCCAUCGUGUACAGCCAACGGUUGGAAUAGCACUAAACCCACAUGCGAGUGCCCAGUGUUAACAUCUCCUGAAUAUGGAGCGGUAGACAAGGUUUUAACCACUACACCUAUUGGUGGAGUUGCAACCUACACAUGCAAUCCCAAUCUUGUCAUCAACGGUGUAGAUAAGCCAUCGUGUACAGCCAACGGUUGGAAUAGCACUAAACCCACAUGCGAGUGCCCAGAGUUAACAGCUCCUGAAUAUGGAGCAGUGGACAAAAAUUCAACCACUACACCUAUUGGUGGAGUUGCAACCUACACAUGCAAUCCCAAUCUUGUCAUCAACGGUGUAGAUAAGCCAUCGUGUACAGCCAACGGUUGGAAUAGCACUAAACCCACAUGCGAGUGCCCAGUGUUAACAGCUCCUGUAUAUGGAGCAGUGGACAAAAAUUCAACCACUACACCUAUUGGUGGAGUUGAAACCUAUACAUGCAAUCCCAAUCUUGUCAUCAACGGUGUUGUGAAAUACUACCUGACAUCAACGGCGGAUCUUCAGGGAACGCCAGUACCGCUAUCACAGCUGUGGGUGACUCAACAACGUUCAGAUGCAACUCUGGGUUGGAUCGUGUGGGAAACGAAACACUGA